UCGAACAUUUGCAGAGCCUCUGAUCUCUUGUACACAACCUUACCAAGCGAUUUUCCGUUCUCAUGGCCUUGAAGCUGCUGCCUUUAGCGACCUUGGCAAUCACCGCGCAAGCAAGUGGAACGACCUAUUGUGAGACAUAUGUAACGACAUCCGCGACGACCUACUACCCAUAUCCCGGAUCGACGGUUACUGUAACCGUUGAUGGAGCAACGACGAUCCAUCGCACGUCCUACGUCUAUGAGACCCCAAUGCCGACUCUUCCAAGACGAGCGGCCAAUACGCCCCCUUGCAACUCCACGAACACCGUCACGCGCACCGAGUUUACGACGGUGCCCAACCCGACGUGGACGGCGACUUGGACGGAGUGGGCAACAACUGUGACCGGCGAGCCAGUGACUAUCACGGUGCCAGCAGUCUGAUUAUCUUGCCGAGUCCUCCCCUCGAUUCUGUCAUGAAAUGCAUGAUUCGAUAUGCUAUACUACAAGUGGAUGUCUGUCUAUCUAGUACAAGAUGCGAUGCGAUCCGAGCCGAAAGCAAGAAUAAUGAAGGAUAGAUAGCAACCGCACCCAAUCUAUCUCGCCGCCGCGCCUCUCACAACUGCGGGCCCGCGGCGCGCACGCCCGCGUCGACGUCCUGCUCGUACAACGCGAACGCCUUCUGGAACAUGCCCGCGAGCUUGCGCACCUCCUUCGUGAAGCUCGCCUUGUCCGGCCACGCGAGCUCGGGGUUGAGCAGCUCGCGCGGGACGCCCUCGAGCGCGGUGGGGAUC